AUGGAGGUCGCUCCGACGCUGGACGACGCGCAGGCGCUUCGCCAGCUAACGCUCGCCGACGAGCAUCUCAUGAUCUGCUUGUGUGGAGUGGAUGAGGAGCAAGACGGCGGCGCUCGAAUGCUGCAGGAAGCGGUGCAAAAGAUCGUGCGCAUCAAGAUGCAAAUGGGGAGCAAUGUGGGUGCUGGCAGCGAAUUGCGCAGGGAGCGCCAGGCAACAUCGUCGUUUCGACUCUUGCUGGUUUACAGGCAGGUGAAGCAGAAUGUGUUCGAUCAACUCUGUGCGUAUGACAGCACGAACCCGUUCGCCAAGUUGUACUUCCUAGAAGUUGGCGGAUCAGUCGAGAGAUUGCACCAGACGCUUGUGCUGAUGUUGUCGCAUCCGGCACACCGAUUGAGUCAAAAUGCUGCGGAGCAGCUACUGGGGUCGUGGUUCUCACCGAGUAAAGGAAUCGACUCUCUAGGCCAGCAGAAUUAA